UUACAAAUAACCUCUCUCUAUCGUGCUGUGAAGAAGCUUCGCCCUCUGGAAGCAGCAGCAGUUGCCAGAUCCACAGCUCGAGCCCUUCGUCCUCGCCACUUUCCUUCUCUUCAAUCCUCCGAUGGCGCGCCUCGAUCCUUGCAUUGCUCCUCCUCUUCUCGGGUUCGUGGUUUUCUGUGGCAUUCUCGCCCCCUUCGUGGGCGGCUCGGUGCACAGCUACGUCGGCGAGAAGUUUGUCCCCAAAGGCAACGCUUUCAUCCUUCACGGAGGUAGCGAGGGACUCUACGCCUCCGUCCCCGGUGGAAACGCCACCUCCGGUAGCGGGGAGUCCUUUAUCCGCUUUGAUAAGAUCACUUUCACACGAACUGAGGAAGCUGCUCAAAGUAGUAAAGAGAUGGAUUCUUUUAUGGUGCAAGCAAUUGUGUUUGAGGUAGAAGAUCGAGAAAUAAUUGGUGGAUCAGCCUAUGGUGGACAACGAGCUAUUUGCUGCACCUCAGAUCUGGCGAAAUUAGGUGCUUGCACUCAGGGUACAGUCAUCUAUAGGACUAGUAAACAAAAUCCUAACUGGCCUCAAGUGAUAACUGCAACUUUCAGUGCAAAAAAUCGUGUUACAACUUUGCCAUCUCACAGUAUUUCCAUCACAAGAACUGGGAUGUACAACCUGUAUUUUAUAUAUUGUGAUCCAUCACUUAAAGGAUUGGUGAUAGAGGGGAAGACUGUGUGGAAAAAUCCUUCUGGCUAUCUGCCUGGAAGGAUGGCCCCUCUCAUGUAUUUUUAUGGGGUUAUGUCGUUUGCAUUUGUGAUACUUGGAAUGUUUUGGUUCUCACAGUAUGUGAGGUUUUGGAGAGAGGUUCUUCCACUUCAGAACUGCAUAACACUUGUCAUCACAUUAGGCAUGUUUGAAAUGGCAUUGUGGUACUUUGAAUAUGCUGAGUUCAAUGCAACUGGUCUCAGACCGAUAGGAAUCACCUUUUGGGCAGUAACCUUUGGCACAGUAAAGAGAACGGUGUCACGAGUUAUCAUUCUUGUUGUUUCUAUGGGGUAUGGAGUUGUCAGACCUACUCUAGGGGGUCUCACUUCUAAGGUGAUUAUGCUGGGAGCAACAUUUUUUGUAGCGUCGGAGAUACUUGAGUUGGUAGAGAAUGCAGGUGCCAUAAGUGAUAUAGCUGGAAAGGCAAGACUGUUUUUGAUUCUUCCUGUGGCACUACUGGAUGCAUUCUUCAUUCUGUGGAUAUUCACUUCUCUUUCCAAAACUCUAGACAAACUCCAGGCUAGACGGUUGAUGGCUAAGCUGGACAUUUACAGGAAUUUCACGAAUGCUUUGGGUGUCGCUGUUGUUGUAUCUGUUUGUUGGAUCGGAUAUGAGCUUUACUUCAAGUCAACUGACAUAUACAACGAGAACUGGCAGAGGGCUUGGAUCAUUCCUGCCUUUUGGCAAGUUCUUUCCUUUUCUGUUCUCGGCGUGAUUGCUGUUCUUUGGGCACCCUCCCAGAAUUCAACUAGAUUUGCUUACUCAGACGAUGGGUUCGAAGAUUUUGAUCGAGAGGAAUCCCUCUCGUUAAUAAAACCUGGACCAAUUCCUCCAAGAGAUACUCACAAUUAUACUGAUGCCAAAUCAACUUUGGGCUUCAACACCACCAACUCACACAAUGAAGACAUUGAGGAAGACAAAAGAGCGUAGCAAAGUCACUACUUCUUCAUCUCUACCUGCAUGAAUUUGCUGGUUCAUGCCAUCAGAGAAUUCAAUAAGCAGUAUCAAAUUGAUAUAAUGAGGUCUUCCACUCCCCCAUAAUAUAAGCUUUGCAUUUAGACCUUAUUUAUCAUGUUGUAGCAUGGCCGUGUAGUUAAUAAUUUUGAUUUCACAUUUCUGUUCAAAAUUUUAGUUGGAUUAUCCACUAUACGAUGGCUGUAUAAAAUUGAAAUUUUUUAUCGCUUCAUUAUGGUUUCAAGCAUUUUGUAGCUCAACUACUAAUUUGCAUUAGUUCAAUUAUUAAAUUCAGGUCUA